AUGUUCCACUCGCGAGAUCAUUGCUCUAGUAUCGAAGUCCCUUCCAGGCGCGCGCCUAAUUCCGUUCCGAACAGGUUCGACCCUCUUAUUCAUCCCCGGGGACUUCAGCAAUGGCCAAAUGUCUUUGACGUGGAUGUCCGUCUACCUAUGCUCGCAGACUUGGAACAAGAAGGCAAUGCAGAUAAGAUUGAGCUCUCGAAUGUUACCAUCCCACCAGCCCUGCUGCGCCCCCUCAAUCCUGUCGUCGAUUCAGGCUCUUCAGCCCGGGGAAGCAGUGGCGUUUAUCGUCACCUGCCAGGGCGUGAUGCAUUCAGGCUACUUGAGAUACUCCCGGACGAUAGCGGCACUCUUCAAUGCAAGCUGCAUGUAUGCAGCUUGAAUGAAAGUGAGGCAGCAUACGAGGCUCUAUCUUAUACUUGGGGUAAGCCAGACUCUUCUAGUGACCAAAAGAUCGAGAUUAUUGCCAACGGUGUGAAUCACUCUAUGAUCAUCUCUGGAAACCUGUACAUAGCAUUACGGGAACUUCGGGGUAUUAAUACCAGUAGAUUGAUAUGGGCGGAUGCCAUCUGUAUCAAUCAGAAAGACGUGGCAGAGAGAGGCCAACAGGUGGCUUUGAUGGGAAGGAUAUUCAACAGCGCCUGGCAGGUCAUUAUCUGGUUGGGAGAGGAGAAAGACAGGUGCUGUUGUGGAAAUACAGUUCUUGAAAGGUCUCUUUCGUCCAUCUCAGAUGGUUUCUCUGAGAUCUGUUCUGUUGUUAAUGAGUGGCUCGCUCAGGCUGGCCACAAGACUGUCGAAGCAACUUACCUUGGCAUCUCUCAAGAUGGCCAAUCUACCGUACAUCAUGCUAAGAUCGACGAUAGAGGAGGCCUCAAUUUUGGAAUGACGGAGCUCUUCCUUCGGCGUUGGUUCUCCCGCAUUUGGGUCUUGCAGGAGGUUGUCCUCGCUAAGCAAGCCCUUGUACAACUCGGCUCAUACCAGAUUCCAUGGGAAUGGGUCGGACUCGCAGCAGCUAUCGUUGUUCACAAGAACGAGCUGUCGCCCGGUGGCUUGAACAGACACAUGGUUCCUCCGGGAGCAAUGAACAGUUAUCUCAUGUAUCGACUGUCAGUUUCUCAGAAGUGUCUUCCACGACUAGAAUUCUCAUUCGCUCAAUUACUCCAAGCCACGCGACACUUUGAGAGUAAGGAACCCAAAGAUAAGAUCUAUGGCUUGUUGGGCAUUGAAACAACAGAUUUGCUAGCCACAAGGAUCGUCCCAGAUUAUCGAGAGAUAACGACACCACAGAUGGUUUAUGAGGAUAUCGCGGGACUCAUGCUCGGCGCAGACUCACCUUUAACGUUUCUUUCGGGAGCCGGGCCACUGGGAACCGAUGACCGCCCGGAGCCAUCGUGGGUUCCAAUCUGGCAUGCGCCACGGCGAUGGACAAUGUUACCGACACAGAAGAAUAGAGGCUUCCGAUGUGCAUCUGAUGCUACGAUGGAACUCCACCCCGUUAAAAAAGCCGGAGAGCUGGUCCUCAAGGGCGUAAUCAUCGAUGACGUCUUGUCCAUACAAGAAUCCCGUGAAGAUUGGAACAUGGCGCGUCGAAGAGGCCACUACGAACUUCUAACUCAGCCACGGUGGAGCAAGGAAGCGUGGAGAAAAUGUGCCUUGACUCUGACGUGCGGCGGGGACGGGAGAGCAUAUCCCGUUAAUGAUGAGGCUGCGCAGCUUGCUGAUCUGGCUGCCCUGGUACUUUCGAAUAUCCACUGGGUUAUCAGCGAUCUUAUCGCACUGCGAGAUGUUAUCGAGCCCGAAGGCGACAGUAUGACGCAGGCUAAAUAUCUCAAGGAGAUCGCUGAAGGCGGAAAUUCCCGCCGAUAUAUCAGCGCGGUGGAACCUGUUCGUAGUUGUUACAGGUUGUUUAAGACGGCAUCGAAAGACUUUGGGGUUGGGCCUGUUGAUAUGAAGAUCGGGGAUAAACUCUGUGUACUGCUUGGUGCUGAGGUUCCGUUUUUGUUGAGGCCGAAGGGAGAUGGGUACUUGGUUGUUGGGGAGUGCUAUGUCUAUGAUUUGAUGCACGGAGAGGUCCUCGAGAAACUAGCAGCCGAUCCAGAUGGGCAGUUGAAGGCUGAAUGGAUCAAACUCAUCUAG